CAACAUUGAGCAUGUGUAUCCAUAUUCAUGACGCACAGGAUCAUCCCCCAAUAUGUAUAUAUAUCACACACAACCCCGAAAGCAGUAAAUUCAGCACCAAAUUAAAAUUGAAUUCGAGAGAGAACCAAGGAGCAAUGGCAACGGAGGUAGCGAACAAGAAGGUGGUGCUGAAGCGAUACAUAGAGAGGGGUGAGACGCCGACGGAGAGCAUCAUGGAGUUGGUCACGGCGGAAGCUAUCACUCUGAAGGUCCCCGAAGCGUCUCCUCCGGCGGUGCUCGUCAAGAACCUCUACCUCUCCUGCGACCCAUAUGGGCGCUUUAUCAUGUCCAGGCCCGAAGACGGCAUCAACAUAACUAGCGCUCCUCCAAACUCGCCUGUACGUGGUAACGGGGUUGCUAAAGUUGUUGAUUCUACACAUCCGGAUUUUAAAGCUGGAGACUACUUGUGGGGAAUAACUUUUUGGGAAGAGUACAGUCUCAUUACACCAACGGAGUUCAAUUUCAAGAUCAACCACACUGAUGUUCCUCUUUCUUACUAUACCGGUCUUCUCGGCAUGGCGGGUCUUACAGCUUACGUAGGGUUUCAUGAGAUCAGCUCUCCAAAGAAAGGGGAACUCGUGUUCGUUUCAGCUGCAUCAGGUGCUGUUGGGCAGCUCGUGGGGCAAUUUGCCAAGCUCAUGGGUUGCUACGUGGUAGGAAGUGCCGGCUCCGAUGAAAAGGUCGAUCUGCUGAAGAACAAGUUGGGCUUCGAUAAUGCAUUCAACUACAAGAAAGAAUCUGAUCUGGGCGCUGCAUUGAAAAGAUACUUUCCAGAGGGCAUCGACAUAUACUUCGACAACGUAGGCGGAGCGAUGUUGGAUGCUGUUCUCUGCAACAUGAGGCUUGGAGGCCGAGUCACCGUGUGCGGAAUGAUUUCUCAAUACAACCUCAAAGGACUAGAAGGCGUGCACAACCUUUUCUAUAUCAUCGGCAAGUGUGUGCGCGUGCAGGGCUUCACUGUGGGUCAAUACCUUCACCUCUACCGCGACUUCGAGGAGAAGGUUGUCAAUUACGUGAAAGAGGGGAAGAUCACGUACUUGGAAGACGUAGCGGAGGGGCUCGAGGCAGCGCCUGCGGCAUUCGUAGGCCUUUUUGAAGGUAAAAAUAUUGGCAAAAAGUUGGUGGUCGUUGCUCGCGAGGAGUGAUGAUCUUAUGAGUCAUCUACAAACUACAGCUUUUGUAUGGACCUCAUGGUGGGUGUGAAAUAAGAUUAAAGACUCGAGAAUUUGUUAAACGUGCAGUAGCUUUUUUUUAAAGGAUUUUGGAGGAGCAACAA